CGCCCCCGCUUGAAGACCGGCUCGAGCCGGUAGGCUAUAAAGAGCUGACAGAACAGUAAGGAAAUAAGGAAACGGUUGAUUUACUUUAACAGAAGACACAGAUGUGUUUUAGGCAUUCAAGAAAGAGAGGACAGAUACAGUAACAUAAUAAGCUAUGAUUCUUCUUGUGGAUCGGACAAGAGGACAUUUUUACAUCAUGCUUAAAAAUAUGUUGCUUUAGUCCAGAACAUCGAUUCGUCUGAUCGGAAGCGGAAGAGACAGAGCUGGUAGAUUAAUGUUAUAGGGAGAACAUAGAAAUAACAUACCGAUAAACUAGCUGCUCAUUUUGCCAUUAAAACCUGUUCGUUAUAUUCGACAGUCGACUAUUCUGUGUCGAUCACUUUUCCGACUAGACUGAUCGUCGCUCUGUUGGUGCUCAGACCCAGCCAUGCGGGGGUUAAAGUCAGCGGUGCGGGGGUCCGGGGGAUGUGGGGGUCCGUGUGUGUACGAGGCGGUGCCAGACGGGGGCUGGGGCUGGGCAGUGGCCGUGGCCUUCUUCUUCGUUGAGGUGUUUACUUACGGGACCAUCAAGUCUCUGGGGGUGUUCCUCGAGGACCUCAUGACAGAGUUUGGGGAGAGCAACAGCAGAGUAUCCUGGGUCAUCGCAAUCUGCGUCUUCAUCGUCACAUUCACAGCCCCUCUGUCCACGGUGCUCAGUAACCGGUUUGGGUACCGUCCCAUAGUGAUGUUGGGGGGUUUUCUGGUCAGUCUGGGUACCAUCAGCUCUGCUUUCGUCUCCUCCAUCAACGAGAUGUACGUCACCAUCGGCAUCGUCUCAGGUCUGGGGUACUGCCUGACCUUCCUGCCCACCAUCACCAUCCUGUCCCAGUACUUCAACAGGAGGAGGUCCCUGGUCACCGCCCUGGCCUCCUCAGGGGAGCCCUUCGCCAUGUUUGUCUUCGCACCAGCCUUCAUGGCCUUGAAGGAGAUCAUCGGCUGGCGCCACUGCCUCAUUGUCAUCGGUCUCAUGCAGGCCUCCGUGAUUGGCUGCGGCGCUCUGCUUCGACCAAUCAUCAUCAGACCUGACCAGGAAGUGUCAGGGGAGGUGUCCAAUAAGGAGAAGCUGUCCGUUGAGCUGCAGACGGGCUACGAGCUGGAGAAUGAGGACACCCAGACCAACGUUAGCUCGGGGGAGUCUGAGGACUCAGGGGAUUCUGGGGUCACCUCUCUGUCCACCUCCAGUGCUGACCUCCGGGCCGCCACAGCCGCACAGGACCCCUCAGAGACCCGGGCCCUCAUGGAGGACCAGGGGGAGAAGAACCAGGGGGGACAGGCAGCCCUUGGAACCCCACUGAAUCAGCUUGAGGCUGGGGAGAAAGAGCAGGGUGAGGUGGGUCCCCUUGUUCAACCCUCCAGACCUAAACUUCUAGACUUUUCUGUGUUGAAAGAUGGAGCGUUCAUCUGCUACUCUCUGUUCGGUCUCUUCGCCACGCUGGGGUUCUUCGCCCCGUCACUUUACAUCAUAGAGCUCAGUAAGAGCCGCGGCGUCCACCCAGAAAAGUCGGCCUACAUGCUCUCUGUAAUGGCGGUGUCCGAGGUCUGCGGGCGCCUGUCCAUCGGGGUCAUUUUAAACAAGGUGCGGCUGCGUAAGACCCAGGUGCUUCUGGGAUGUGUAGUUCUGCUGUGUCUGGUGCUGCUUGCCUUCACCCAGGUGACUGAGUUCUGGGGCCUGGCAGCCUGCUGCUGUCUCUAUGGCUUCCUGAUGGGCACCGUGGGUUCGACACACAUCCCCAUGCUGGCAGAGGACGACGUGGUGGGCAUAGACAGGAUGCCCUCGUCCGUGGGGGUCUAUGUGUGUAUCCAGAGCUUUGCUGGGUUGGCAGGCCCACCGCUGGGGGGCCUGUUGGUGGACAAGACCCAGAACUAUGGCUCAGCCUUCUACUCCUGUGCUGUGGGAAUGGGCCUGGGCGCCAUCUUCCUCGCCAUGGUGGGGCCUGCCAAGUCUGGCCUCUGCCACCGCGGGAAGACGAGAAAACAGGAGGAGGAGGAUGAAGGAGAGGAGGAAGGAGGAGAGGAGAGAGGAGGAGACGAGGAGGAGAAGGUUUCUCAGGACAGUGGAUCAACAGAUUAUCUAGAUGUUGAUCUGGUUGAGGAGACCAGUCCGGCUAAAUGGUCCCCAAAACAGGAGACCAACGCGGUCUGAACGCGGUUGAAUAGCUAAGACAGAACCACAACCAGGCCUCCUUUGGAACUUCUGAACUCAAUGGGACGACCUGGUUAAAUAAAGGUUGAAUAUAAACACAUGACAGCGUUUUACCGACCGCUGCCUGACUGACCGACCAAGGAGGACCUUGACCACUCCAUACUCACAGGUGGUUAGAAUGGAGAACAAACACCCAACCAUCGAGCAAAUAAGAGAACACACACGCUGUCAAACAUGCUACUGAGAGACUGAGUGCUGGACAAUCACCUCUGUGGUACAGAAUGUAUACACACAUACACACACACACACACACACACACACACACACACACACACACACACACACACACUGUCAACAUGCUUACUGAGAGACUGAGUGCUGGACAAUCACCUCUGUGGUACAGAAUGUACACACACACACACACACACACACACACACACACACACACACACACACACACACACACACACACACACACACACACUGUCAACAUGCUACUGAGAGACUGAGUGCUGGACAAUCACCUCUGUGGUACAGAAUGUACACACACACACACACACACACACACUGUCAACAUGCUACUGAGAGACUGAGUGCUGGACAAUCACCUCUGUGGUACAGAAUGUACACACACACACGGCUUUGACCUGUUCACCCUCUCAGAUGUCAUUCACAUACACUUGCAUUACAGCGAACAACUGUCUUAGGUGCAUUCCUAUUGACCAAGUCUCUCCUCAGAGUCAACCAAACUCCAUGCAUGGCUGAGACACAGGCUUUUAACAUGAUUACCGCUCUGUCAGUAGUUGAUAUAACCAUGAUAUGACCUCUCUGUUCAUAGUUAUAACCAUGAUAUGAUCUCUCGGUUCAUAGUUCUCACCAUGACAUGACCUCUGUUCAUAGUUCUCACCAUGACAUGACCUCUCGGGUUCAUAGUUCUCACCAUGAUGACUGUUUCUCUGUCUCAACCCCUCCGUUGAUGCCAAAGGCCUGGUAGUGACAGGUCCUGUCUUCAUAUCGAUGACUAUUAUGAUGGUUCAAUCUGAAGGCCUCCUGUUACCCAAGCACACUGCCACCACAGUAUUCUGCACAGCCUGUACACGGUAUGUGUUCGCCAACAGUCUACUUCCUGUACCUAGGUGAUGUAUGAAUGGGAUAUAACAGUACCAAAUGAGGCCGUAGGUGAAACUAAGAUGUUUGGAUUACAGUGUGAAUCACGAGCUGUUUCAAUUCAUGUGGAUCACUGCUUUACCUGUCAGCCAAUCAAUCAAACAAUCAAAGCUUUUAUUUAUAUUUUUUUAUUUUAUCUUUAUUUAACUAGGCAAGUCAGUUAAGAACAAAUUCUUAUUUUCAAUGACGGCCUAGGAACAGUGGGUUAACUGGUCUAGGAACAGUGGGUUAACUGCCUGUUCAGGAGCAGAACGACAGAUUUGUACCUUGUCAGCUCGGGGGUUUGAACUUGCAACCUUCCGGUUACUAGUCCAACACUCUAACCACUAGGCUUCCCUGCCGUGUUUAUUUAAAAAAAUAUAUAUAAAUGCAUUUGAAGCCAAGGCCACAGUGACGAGACAAAACUUCCUAGGUAGGUAGAGGUGGAGAUUUGACUACAAAAGUGUUGAUUCCUCGACUCCUUUGAUCGUCGAAUCCGAAACACCCUGGAGUCUCUCACCACCAUAUUAUGCAGGUGAAGACCUUGAGACAAGGAGAGAGGCCGAUCUCCCUCAGACUGGCCUAAAUGCCCUACCCAAAGACUCUCAGUCACUCAGACCUCUUGCACUGAGAUACAGGAUCUAUCAUCUCUGCUGCAACACUCAUUGCUGAUCAGCUUUUUUUUAAUUGAUUAAAUUGAUUUGUUUAUAACAAAUGAACAUUUGAA